CAUGAAUGACUCGGGCUUAUUGCCUUUAUUCUCCAUUGAUUGCAGUCCUCAGGACUGUAGCAUACAUACAUGGUACUCAAACAUACAUGUGCCGGCAGGCUCUCAGAAAUUGUCCAUCGUUGAUGCCAUCGCCGUUGCCAUCGCAGUGUCUCAGAUUCCACCGCAGGCCGGUAGAGGCACACGAUUAUCUCCCUGCCUCGGUAAUGUAUAGCGCGCGUCGAUACGCGCAGACCAGCCCGAAGCCAUCCUUCAUCACGGCCGUAAAUCACUCCUCCUCCAAAUUCCGAUCAGUCCUCCCAUCCCUCCCCUUUGUCGGAAAUGCAAAGUCAACUGCAAAAUAGAAAAAAACGAGUACACACUAAACAAGCCGCCAUGUUGUGCCGUAUUCGUUGCCAUGUGACCUCUCUUCUAUACCAGGUUU